AUGUCGCGUUUCCUCCGCCGCAAUGCGUCGCAGGCGACGGCAGCCAGUGGAGAUGCACAGGCAGCGUCGGCGGCGCAGGCCAAGACGACGAUGAUCCACACACGGCCAAUGCCCCACGCCAGGCCCGACGCGCUGCCAGAGCUUUCGGCCAGCCAGCGCCAGACAAUCGAGGCCAUUGCUGCUCAUCUGCAGGAAUUGCACAAGGAACUGGCGGAAGAAGAUGAGUACAAAAAUUGGGAGAAGAGGUGGAUCGAGGACGAGAGCACAGCUCGAAGGUACGCCGUCGCAUGCAAAUUUGACGAGGCUCUCGCCAAGCGCAGGGUUGCCGACACGUUGCGCUGGCGCAGAGAGUACAAGCCGGAGCUCAUCAAGCCGGAAGAGGUGGCCAUCGAGGGCGAGACAGGCAAGCACGUCCUGAGUGGCUUCGACAACAAGGGCAGGCCCGUCCUCUACCUUCGGCCAGGCCGCGAGAACACCAAGCCGAGCCCGCGUCAGAUCAGAUACCUUGUCUGGGGCCUCGAGCGAGCGCUAGAAAAGAUCUGCCUGCUCAUCGACUACGCCUCAGCCUCGCAGGCCAACACGCCCUCCUUCUCGACGUCUCGCGGCGUGCUCAACAUCCUUCAGAAUCACUACGUGGAACGGCUAGGCCAGGCGCUCAUCGUAAACGUCAACUGGUUCAUCUCGGCUUUUUUCACCGCAAUCACACCCUUUCUCGACCCCGUCACGGCCAAGAAGAUUGUCAUGCUCCGGCACCCCCCAGGACUGCAAGACUAUGUCAGUGUCGAGCAGCUCGACGCCGAGUUUGGCGGCCGCUGGAACUACCGGUUCGAGUUUGACGACUUCUGGUCUCAGGUCCUCGACUUUACGGGUGUGGCCCAGGACGGGACGAGGGAGCACGAGACGAGGGCGAGGCAGGCCAUUACAGACGAGGAUGCUGUGGAGGCUGCAAAGCGCGUCAAUGCCGCAGAGAAGAGCGCCAGCGUCAGCGUCAGCGCCACCGAGAGCCCCGAUGCGUCGGCGCAGAGCACGGCGCCAGCCACGAGCGAGACGACGCCGGCUACGUCGAUGAGCGGUGCCGGCGAAGAGCAGGGGCAAAAGUAA